CGGCUGGGCGCUGAGAAUCCCCCUGUGCCCCAGUGUAAAAUCCUGCUGCAGUUACUGCCCCGAGCCUGGCUUGUCCUCCUGAAAGACGUUUUGUGUGUGCCAUAAGGGAUCCACGCCUUGGUGCAGCCAGAUCAGUGAACCUCUGAAUACGCUCUGAGAGAGGUCACACAGGACUGACAGACUUGAACUGGAGGAGGGAAGAUGAUGUCCUUGGAUGGACCGCAGAAGAAAAUCAGUAACCCGGUCAUUCCCUAUGUUGGGACAAUUCAUGGUGGCCUUGUUCCUGGAGAGCUGAUUGUGAUACAUGGGAGUGUUCCUGAUGAUGCAGACAGGUUCCAGGUGGAUUUGCAGUGUGGCAGUAGCAUAAAGCCUCGAGCUGAUGUGGCCUUUCAUUUUAACCCCCGCUUCAAAUGGUCUGGCUGUGUUGUUUGCAACACCCUGGAGAGAGAAAAAUGGGGCUGGGAGGAAAUCACUUAUGAGAUGCCUUUUCAAAAAGGGAAACCAUUUGAGAUUGUCAUCAUGAUUUUGAAGGAUAAAUUCCAGGUGUCUGUAAACAAGAAGCACUUGCUGCUCUACAAUCACAGAAUUAGACUUGAAAGGAUAGAUACGCUUGGAAUAUAUGGCAAAGUGCAGAUCAGAAGUAUAGAGUUUGUUUCUAACUCUGUACAAGGCUCUCAGCCAUCAUCUGUAGGAGUAACAAAGAUAAACACAGAAAAUGGGGAAAUGCCAGAUGGUUUGCAAUUUGGAGUUCCUUAUGUUGGGAAACUUGUUUCUGCGCUUCAUCCAGGAUGCACAGUUGCUAUUAAAGGAGAAGUGAAUAAAAACCCCAAGAGCUUUACAAUAAACCUGAAAUCAAGUGACUCAAAAGACAUUGCAUUACAUCUGAAUCCCCGACUGAAGAAUAAAAUCUUUGUAAGAAAUUCUUACCUUCAUGACAGUUGGGGAGAAGAAGAAAAGGAAAUUGCUAAUUUCCCUUUCAGUCCAGGGAUGUACUUUGAGCUGAUCAUUUUCUGUGAUGCCCACCAGUUCAAAGUUGCUGUCAAUGGUGUUCACACCCUGGAGUACAAGCAUCGUUUUAAACAACUUGAAAAGAUCAACCUACUGGAAGUCAUAGGAGAUGUUCAGUUAUUAGAUGUGAGGAGCUGGUAGUUCAUUUCAGUCAGUACUAAAUGAAUUAAACCCCAUUCUUACAACAGUUCUUCUGUCAGAUACAAACAAACCAACUCAUGCUGAGCCUGCCUUUAUCCAGGCUUCUGUGUCAGUCUGAGUUAGGCGAGUACAGAACUGCUGUGAGAUUAAAUCCUCCACUAGUUUCCAGUAUCCUGGCAAGAUAAAUGUCUGCUCAGAUAAAUCACCUGCAUUACUGAACCUAGCAAUAUGAAAUGGUGCAUCGUACUGUGUCUUAACAAUUGUGCUCAGUAUGAUUAACUAUGACUAGUCAUUCCUUAACAGUGUGCAUUCAAAGUGAAGUAGAAAUUAGACUGAAAUAGAAUAUGAAGAUAUGCCUAUCCUGAAAGGGUGAUUAUAAAAUAUAUCCUGCUUGAUUUAUAUUAGUGAUUAUAACUUUUUUGCCAUGACUGGUUUUAAAAGAAGCUGACUCAUCAGCUCUCAUGGAAGGCAAGGAGGUAUGUGAUCAACUUCUUAGCCUGCUGCUGCAAUAGUACCUUCUCUGACUCCUCAGUAUGUCAUCUCCUGCUUGUAAGUGGCUUAAAUCAAAUGCAGAUCAGCAUUUCUAGCUUACAGUUUUCCAAAGUGAAACAAAUGAAAAUAAUUUAGCUGGUUCUAAUGUAUGGACUUUGGAAUGCUUGUUUGAUCAGAAAUGGCUCCCAGCUGUGCUGAGAUUGCUCAGGGACUAAAGUAGAUGUGUCUGUUUUUCACUGUAAAAUGUAUGAACCUACAUACCCUGAGUUGAGACUCAGAUUCUCAUCAGUAGAACAGAGAACAAAUCCUUUUGGAGUCUUGCAUUAAAACGCUAGUUAAAAAAAGCAGUUCCUACUCAAUGAGUUUUCCUUACUGUCAGUCUUAAUUUUUAUAUAUGCUUAUUUCUAAAAAUAAGUAAGUUGCUGCUGGCUGUCAGUGCUUGCCUGAGGGUUGUUUCUAUUUAUUUUAACAGCUACUGAAGGAGUGAAAAUUUUGAGAAUAAAAUGUACCUGAAAAGCUGUUAAACUACUACAUUAAGUGUACAAAAAGCAUAAAUAAAAAUAACAUUUGUGAACUA